CUCGUCGACACCGUAACAAAAACGCAAACCUUCCUGAGAUAGCGACUGUGGCUCACGGCUCAGGAUUUGUGGAUCAGCAGGGGACUAUAUUCUUCCCGUUACUACACGACACGUCCACAUAUUUAAGAGAUGCUGAGUGGCAAGAUCGCCCUAGUGACAGGUGGAGGGAGUGGUAUUGGGAGGGCUGUGUGUCGCCUGCUUGCAAGGGACGGUGCCCGAGUGGUCGCCACAGACAUGGAUGGUGGUGCAGCGCAGGAGACUAUCAACAUGCUGAAGGACCGUGAUGACCACCUCUCUCUCAAGAUGGAUGUUACUGACAAGACCUCAGUGGAGUCAGCUAUUAGUGCGGCCAUUGACAAGUACAAAGCUCCGCCAAGUCUUAUUACCAAUGCCGCAGGUAUUAUAAGGGACAACUUUAUGCUGCAAAUGGAUGAGAAAUCAUUCAUGGAGGUUUUAGAUGUAAACCUCAAGGGAACCUAUCUGGUCACACAAGUAGCAACAAUGGCGUUAGCAGAGCAUGAUGCGUCAUCAGGAUCCAUAGUCAACAUUUCAAGUAUAUCAGGAAAGUUGGGCACUAUAGGUCAGAGCAAUUACUCAGCAAGCAAGGCAGGUGUCAUUGGCUUCACUAAGUCAACAGCGAUGGAGUUAGCAAGUAUGGGAGUGCGGGUCAACUGUGUGCUUCCUGGCUUCACCCAGACUGCAAUGGUGGGUGGUGUGCCUGAUAAAGUAGUGAAGCUCAUACUGAAGAUGACUCCUCUCAAGAGAAUGGCACAACCUGAAGAAAUUGCAGAGGUGGUGGCCUUCCUUCUAUCCGACAAGAGCAGUUUCAUGACUGGUGCUAGUGUGGAAGUGACAGGUGGUCUGGGCAUGUGAGGAUCACAAAGGUAACUCACAACAAUGUCUGUCAAUAUGUUUCAAUUGUAUAACAACUGUCAUGUGUAAAAGAGUUAACAGAAGGAAGGAACAGAACAGGGAGAUGAGGGAUCUCUGCUCUGUAUUGUUUAUAUUCCGACAAUGAAACGAAUCAUGAUGUGUUCUCUCACUUAACUUUCUUAAGGGAAUUUUCAUCUUGCCAUAUAAAUAAGUAAAUAACAAGUCAUAAACUAUUCUCGUAUGUCCUAGUAAUGAAAGGAAAAAGUAAGGGUUCAAAAUUUUGCUUAUUGCUUAUUCAUUGUGAAAUUUUGUUACAGCCCUGUGGAAGCUUUGGUGUAAAUACAAGUGUUGAAGUAUAUACUGUAUAUAGUGGAUCCUCCCUUCCAUAGGGCUUGUUGUAUUGUAACUACAAAACCUCAGGAAUGUGAGGGAUGUGUUGGCAAUGCUUCACAUGUUUUGUCCACACUGAGAGCAGGAAAGCAGGCGAGAGUGAGUGCAAGUGAGGUUGGAUGAAUUUUAAUGGUCACAUUGGAAGUGAUUUCAAAUGAGAGUUGUCAUGGCCUGCCAUCUCUAGUGUACACAAGAAGUGAAGUGAAAUUGCUAUAAUAAAGGGUGUCUAAGGUGGAAACAUGCACUACUUCUAUUGGAAGAGUCUCUUGUUCACUUUCUUGCUCUCUGUGCAGACAAAGCCUAAGGAAAGAAUAAAUCAUUCCUUUAUCAUUAUGUGAAAAUUAACAACUUAAUCAUAAAGUUUAUAUAUAUAUAUAUAUAUAUAUAUAUAUAUAUAUAUAUAUAUAUAUAUAUAUAUAUAUAUAUAUAUAUAUAUAUAUAUAUAUAUAUAUAUAUAUUACACACACAGCUAUCUUUUAAAAGGAUUAAAAUUGUUGUUGCACAAUUUAUCUCUAAUUUGUAAAUUUUAAUAGCAGGUAUGCCAAGAAUGUGUGAUAUGGUGGCCAUUCAGCAGCAGGGACAUAGCCUUUCAGUGUGCUUGUGCAUAGGAGAUUGAGAACAUGAAUGGUCGGAGUCUUUAUUUUCUACUUGAUUAAAAAAAAAAAUACUUGUGGCUGCUGUAAUUCAGAAAUAUUUUUAUACGGAUUGUUAAUCAUUACAGUAGAUCUUAAAUUCUGCCACCAUAUUGGCAUGAAAGUAGGCUAUUCUGUUUUAUUAUCUUUUAUAAAGUAAUAAUGCAUUAUAUUUUUC